GCAUCAACAACAUGUCUGAUACGGAAAACACAAACCUGACUCCCGCUCCGGCGGCCGAGAAGACCUUGGGCAUGCGCAAGAAUGGCAAGCAAUGGCAUGCCCCCAAGAAGGCUUUCCGACCUACCUCUGGCCUGAAGUCGUACGAAAAGCGGUCGCAAGAGCGCGCGAUCAUGAUUCAGGUCAAAGCCAAGGAAAAGGAGAUGAAGGAAGAGAAGGAGGAAGAGCGACAGCGCAAGGUCCAGGCCAUCAAGGAAAAGCGAGCCAAGAAGGAGGAGAAGGAGAGAUACGAAAAGAUGGCCGAGAAGAUGCACAAGAAGCGAGUCGAGCGACUAAAGCGCAAGGAGAAGCGCAACAAGCUGAUCAACUCCUAAACGAGAUGAUGCGAUCUCUUGAGCUAGGCUGAUGGGGCAAUGGGGGGGAAAAGACAUACAUAAUACCGACAACAUUAUGAUUUUUUACGAUUCGGCAUACCUCAGACUACAACUUGCAACGAAAAGUAUAGGUUAGGGACCUUGGAAGCAGCACAAUAUACCUCGGCGUUGGAAUAU